AUGUCUUUGGACGAACUAAAACAACAACGCACCAGCACCAAGAAAAAUAUCACACGUAUUAAAAAUAUCAUCGAUGCUAGCCUACGACCAGGUGGAAAGGUUCUUUCAGUGGCGGAAUACAAAUGUCGUUUAGGCAUCCUGGAGUCAUACUUCAAGCAGAUUCUCUCAAUUCAAACGGACAUCGAAAGAUUGGAUGCUGAGGACGGAGGACGUGCUGACCUGGAAGAACUUUACAUAACAACUAAAUUGAUUAUCCAGUCGCAACUGGCAGAAGAUAACAACGUUUCGUUUUCGGAUACAACUUGCGUGGUACAAUCAAGUUCAAAACUUCCACCACUUAAGCUUCCUACGUUUGAUGGCAAGUAUUCGAAUUAUCAAAAUUUUAUUACCUCGUUCAAACAAAUAAUUGAUCACGAGUUCAAUUUAACAAAUAUUGAAAAAUUCAACCAUUUACGAAAUUGUCUCCAAGGUCAAGCCUUAGAAACUGUAAAUGCGUUUCAGGUUACAAAUGAAAACUACCCAAAGGCGUUAGAACGAUUGAAGGUACGUUAUGACAACAAAACACUAAUUUUCUUGGAAGGAAUAAAUUCGCUAUUUGAUUUACCAGCAGUUAUGAAACCAAAUGGCAUUCAGCUAAGAGGUUUGAUUGAUAAAGCUUCAGCUAUUUAUGGUUCUUUGACAUCACUGGGUAGUGACAGGCAAAUUUCUCAAGCAAUGCUAAUUUAUCUAAUAUUGCAGAAAUCUGAUGAACAGACCAACAAAAGGUGGAAGGAGUCGCUAGAUUUCAGAACUCUGCCGUCAUGGGAAGAUUUCAUCGCAGUUUUGGAAAGACACUGUCAAUAUCUGGAGUCACUCGACAACACGCAUGGUAGUAUUUCGCCAGCUCAAGGUUUUAACAAACACUCCACUCCGAAAUCAAGGAGUCAACCAAAAGGUUACACAUUUUCCUGCUCUACCAUAUCGUGCCAAUUCUGUUUUAACAACAACCACAAGAUUUUUAAUUGUGACCGGUUUAAGUCGCUAAGCAUAACUCAACGUUUCGAUCAUGCAAAGAAAAUUGGACUUUGCAUCAAUUGCUUAUCCAAGGGACAUCAAGUAGCCAAUUGUUCAUCUUCGCACAGGUGCAAGGUUUGUGCACGACAACACCAUAGUUUACUUCAUCGCGGUUCACCUUCAGGCCAACCAACAACUACUCAACUAUUUCCUACACAGGAGGCAGCCGUACAUACACAUAUGAAUAAUUCAUCGUUGGAUAAUGUAAUCCUUGCAACAGCAAAAAUUUUCGUUCGUGAUUCAUCGGGGAGCUAUAGAUUGGGUACAGCGCUGCUAGAUUCCUGUUCGCAAGUCAAUUUCAUCACAGAUGAUUUUUCGCAAAGGUUGCUGCUGCCAAGAAACAAACAAAACUUAGAAAUUCAAAGCAUAGGUUUGUCAUCAACAAAUAUUAAAUUCAAAACUUCAACUAACAUCAAGUCGCAAGUCACCGGUUUCGAGCUUCCAUUAACUUUUUGUAUUACAUCGCAUAUUGCUUAUCAACCAGAUCCGGAAAUCAACAUUUCAACAUGGAAUAUUCCAACCAACAUAGAACUCGCUGAUGAUGAAUUUCAUAUACCAAAGAAAAUUGACAUGUUGCUGGGUACGGAAACGUUCUUCAGUCUGCUAUCUGUUGGUCAAAUCCAUCUUGGGUCUAAUUUACCCAUCUUGCAAAAAACGCUCUUAGGCUGGAUCGUUUCGGGACGCUAUAACACCGGCAGUAACAAUAUAUCUAAACCAUCUUGUUUAUUUUUAGCCAAUGAACCUUUAGAUGCCAAAUUGGAAAAGUUGUGGAAAUUAGAAGAAGUUACUACCAUCCCAGAGCCUUGGACUCGUGAACAACAGAUUUGCGAUCAUUUAUACAAUGCAACCGUGUCAAGAAGACCUUGCGGCAGAAUAGUUGUCAAACUCCCUUUCAAGGAUGAUCCGACGUGCUUGGGCGAGUCAUACACUACGGCAUUGCGACGAUUCAAUGCACAAGAACGUCGAUUAGCCAAAUCUCCACAAUUGACAGCACAGUACGUUGAAUUUAUGAACGAUUACGAGAGCCUGGGUCAUAUGAGCAUUGUAAAGAAUCCGAAUCUGAGCGAACCGCAUUAUUUUAUACCACAUCAUUGCGUUCUUAAGCCAACAAGUACAACAACAAAGCUUAGAGUCGUAUUUGACGCCUCCUGUCGAACUACAUCCCAAAAAUCACUAAACGAUAUUCAGAUGGUUUGCACUCACUGCGGAUAUAGUCAAGAUGUAUCGGCAAGUAUUAAUGCAUGA